CCGGCGUAGGCUCAGUUGGCAGCAGUACGUACAACGAGUAGCAUCUACCAUGGCCGAUAUCUCAAAGGAGGAGCUACGCAAGGAGAUCACCGCUAUCCUCAAGGAUGCUGAUCUCACUACAAUGUCUGCUAAAAAAGUGAGGCAACAAAUCGAAGAAAAACUCGAUGUUGAUCUCAUAGAAAGGAAAAAGGAAGUCGAUGAUUUAGUCAUGGAAUGUCUUCAAGAAAAACAGGAUGGAGGAAAGAAAAAGAAGAAGGCUGCUAGUGAAGAGUCUGAAGAUGGUGAAGAGGAAGAGGAAGAAGGAUCUGAAGAGGAAGAGGAAGAAGAAGAAAAAAAACCAGCCAAGCGAAAUCCUGGUAAGAAGGCUCCUAAUAAACGUAAGAAGGGAUCCUCCGAAGAUGAAGAAAGCGCUAGUGAUGAUGAUGCUAGCGAUGAAGAAUACAGUCCAAAGAAACCUAAAGUUACACCCAAAAAAAGUAAGCCUGGAAAGAAAGGAAAAAAGAAGGGAAGUGACAGUGACAGUGACGAGGACUGGGGUAAAAACAAAAAAGCUCCAGGAAGUACAGCAAAGAAGGGAGCUGGUGGCAAGGGCAAAGGUGGUGGUUACACACGCGCUAUCACACUGUCUCCAGAACUCGCCGCUAUUGUUGGCGCAGAACAAAUGCCUCGACAUGAAGUCGUGAAGAAAGUAUGGGGUAUUAUCAAAGAAAGGAAUCUUUAUGAUCCUAAGAAUAAACAAUUUGCGAUUUGUGAUGAGGAAUUAAUGAAGGUAAUCGGCGUAAAGCGUUUCAGAACUUUCGGUAUGAUGAAAUACCUCAAAAAUCACUUUGUAGAUUAAAUCAUUCUUCAAUCCCGAUCUCCGACAAGUUAUAUACAUAUAUAUAUAUAACAUAUUCCAAGGUGCGUCUCGUGCACCUCUUCAUCUUUCUCACACGAUACAUACAUACUAUACAUGA